GCGGGCCUCGGUCAGUCCGUGAACGGGUAACCCACGCCUUCCAACUCCGCGUCCUUGAGGAACGAAACUCGUCCUCGAUCCUCCGCCUCAGAGGCACGGAAAGAAAGAAAGAGAGAGAGCCCCUCCCCCUUCCGGAUUCGAGGGAACAAGUGGUGGCUGGAAACUAUACACUCGCGUGAUAGAUCGGUGUGUCGCCCUUCCGACAGUUCUUCGGGAAUCGAAUCAUCGAUCGAUCGAGAGAGAGAGAGAGAGUGAGAGAAAGAGAGAGAGUGAGUGAGUGAGAGAAAGAAAAAGGCACUGGAAAGAGAUCCCCUCGGAAAAUAAGAUCGGGAUCCGGGAACCGUUUUCGACGAGGAUGAGGUCCUCGCUGGUGCUGCUGUUCCUGGCGGCCAUUGUUCUCGCCGAGGGCACGAGUCGCGUGAAGCGGCAGGAGGAUAAGAAGGAGGAGAGCUUCGAGAGCGAGAUCUGCAAGGACAAGGAUGCGGGCGAGUGGUUCAGACUGGUCGCAGGGGAGGGGGACAAUUGCAGGGACGUGAUCCAGUGCACGAGUUCGGGGUUGCAGGCGAUCAGGUGCCCGGCAGGGUUGUACUUCGACAUCGACAAGCAGACGUGCGAUUGGAAGGACUCGGUGAAUAAUUGCAAGCUGAAGAACAAGGAGAGGAAGGCGAAACCCCUCCUCUACACCGAGGAACCCUUGUGCCAGGACGGAUUCCUGGCGUGCGGCGACGGUUCCUGCAUCGAGAGGGGAUUGUUCUGCAACGGGGAGAAGGAUUGCACCGACGGAUCCGACGAAAAUAUAUGCGACAUGGACAACGACCCGAACAGGGCGCCGCCCUGCGACCCGUCCGUGUGCGUGCUCCCCGACUGCUUCUGCUCCGAGGACGGCACCACGAUCCCCGGCGACCUGCCCCCCAAGGACGUGCCGCAGAUGAUCACCAUCACGUUCGAUGACGCCAUCAACAACAACAACAUCGGCCUCUACAAAGAGAUCUUCAACGGGAAGCGAAAGAAUCCGAACGGUUGCGACAUCAAGGCGACCUUCUUCGUCUCGCACAAGUACACCAACUACUCGGCCGUGCAGGAGAUGCACAGGAAAGGGCACGAGAUCGCCGUUCACUCCAUCUCUGUUUCAAGUCACAACGACGACGAGCGUUUCUGGUCGGACGCCACCGUGGACGACUGGGCCAAGGAAAUGGCGGGGAUGAGGAUCAUCGCCGAGAAAUUCGCCAAUUUGACGGACAACAGCGUGGUAGGAGUGAGGGCCCCUUACCUCAGAGUGGGUGGCAACAACCAGUUCACCAUGAUGGAGGAGCAAGCGUUCCUCUACGACUCCACCAUCACGGCGGCCCUCAACAACCCCCCCCUAUGGCCCUACACCAUGUACUUCAGGAUGCCGCACCGCUGCCACGGCAACCUCCAACACUGCCCCACCAGGUCGCACGCCGUUUGGGAGAUGGUGAUGAACGAGCUGGACCGCCGCGAGGAUCCCCAAAACGACGAGUACCUGCCCGGCUGCGCGAUGGUCGACUCGUGCAGCAACAUCCUGACCGGUGACCAAUUCUACAACUUCCUCAACCACAACUUCGACCGCCACUACGAGCAGAACAGGGCCCCCCUCGGCCUCUACUUCCACGCCGCCUGGCUCAAGAACAAUCCCGAGUUCCUGGACGCGUUCCUCUACUGGAUAGACGAGGUGUUGUCGAACCACAACGACGUGUACUUCGUGACCAUGACCCAGGUGAUCCAGUGGAUCCAGAAUCCGCGCACGAUAACCGAGUCGAAGAGUUUCGAGCCGUGGAAGGAGAAGUGCGUGGUUGACGGGCCGCCCGCCUGCUGGGUCCCCCACACUUGCAAAUUAACCUCGAAAGAGGUGCCCGGGGAGACCAUCAAUCUUCAGACGUGCGUCCGUUGCCCAAACAAUUAUCCGUGGGUGAACGAUCCGACCGGUGACGGGUUCUUCUAGAGAUUUUCCUUUCCAUUUCCCUCUCUCUCUCUCCCUCCCUCUCCCUCUCUCUCUCUCUCUCUCUCUCGUCCAAGUCCAAGUCGAAAGAAGAGAAAGAAUAGCACAUCGAUCCUCCCGAUUUAGCAUCAGAGUUUUUGGACGGACCAUCCUCUUCUCUUUUUCUUUUUCUCGUCGAAUACACAGGGUAAUGAUCGAUAAGGAUAAAUUGUAUUAAUCGGGGGGAUGCGAGGGAGGAAGGGAAGGGAAUCAACGAUCUGUGAUAAGUUUCGAACGGUUUCGAGAUUCCUGGACGACCAGAUCUUUUUAUUAUUCUCUCUCUCUCUUUCUCUCUCCUCUUCUUCCAUACGAUUUAUAUCUGUCAUCUUUGAAAUCUAUUUUGGGGAGAGAGAGAAAGAGAGAGAGAGGGAGAGGGAGAGAGAGAGAGAUAUAAAAAAGAAAGAAACAAGGGCGAAAGGAAAAAGGAGGAGGAUGAAAGGUGUGUAAUAUAAACAACGUGUCCCUGAAAGGAAGAAAAAAAACGGAAUCCUGAAAACCUUGUCGGAUAACGGAUGGAUAAUGGAAGGAUUUUGGAAGGUCUUUCUGCGUGACUCCAUGACGAAGAGAGAGGAAAAAAAAAACAAAAAAAAAAAAGUAUAUACACAUCGA